AUGGACCUGGGCAGCGCCGGCCGGAGAGCGGGGGCUGCCCCCGCGGGCCCGGGCGCCUGCAGACCUUUCCCCUCCGCCUGCUGCUGCUGCUUCGCCUCGCUCCUGGAUGUGAACAGCUGGCUGCUCUUCUACGGCUUCCUCUACCUGGCCCUUUAUGCCCAGGUGUCCCAGUCCAAGUCCUGCGACAAAAUCUCCUGCUUCUCGGGUCAUUGUGUCAACUCCACCUGCGUCUGCGACCAGGGCUGGGUGGGAGACCAGUGCCAACACUGCCAGGGCAGGUUCAAGUUAACAGAACCUUCUGGAUAUUUAACAGAUGGACCUAUAAAUUAUAAAUAUAAAACUAAAUGCACGUGGUUAAUUGAAGGAUACCCAAAUGCGAUACUAAGAUUAAGAUUUAAUCACUUUGCCACAGAAUGUAGCUGGGACCAUAUGUAUGUAUAUGAUGGAGAUUCAAUAUAUGCACCUUUAAUAGCUGUAUUUAGUGGUCUAAUAGUCCCUGAAGUGCGUGGAAAUGAAACUGUUCCAGAAGUGGUUACUACAUCUGGCUAUGCACUGCUACACUUUUUUAGUGAUGCUGCUUAUAACCUAACAGGAUUUAACAUUUUUUAUUCAAUUAACUCUUGCCCUAAUAACUGCUCAGAACAUGGCAAGUGCACAACCAGCCUGUCUGUCCCGAGCCGGGUGUACUGUGAGUGUGACAAGUACUGGAAAGGAGAGGCCUGUGACAUUCCCUAUUGCAAAGCCAACUGUGGGAGCCCAGAUCAUGGCUACUGUGACCUGACAGGAGAGAAGCUCUGUGUUUGCAAUGACAGCUGGCAAGGUCCAGACUGUUCUUUGAACGUCCCCUCCACGGAGUCUUACUGGAUUCUGCCCAACGUGAAGCCCUUCAGCCCCUCUGUGGGCCGUGCUUCCCACAAGGCUGUCCUCCACGGGAAGUUCAUGUGGGUGAUUGGAGGAUACACCUUUAACUACAGCUCAUUCCAGAUGGUGUUGAACUACAAUUUGGAAAGCAGCAUAUGGAAUGUAGUGCCUGUAUCCAAAGGACCACUCCAGAGAUAUGGACAUACUCUUGCAUUGUAUCAGGAAGACAUCUACAUGUAUGGAGGCAAAAUUGAAACGAGUUAUGGCAAUGUCACUGAUGAACUGUGGGUUUUCAACAUACCCAGCCAAACAUGGAGUACCAGAAUUCCUGCAGUCCUUGUCCAUGGGCAGCAGUAUGCUGUGGAAGGUCAUUCAGCACACAUAGUAGAGCUGGACAGCAGAGAUGUGGUUAUGAUUGUCAUUUUUGGAUAUUCUUCCAUAUAUGGUUACACAAGCAUUGUGCAAGAAUACUACAUCAGGUCUAACUCAUGGCUUGUACCAGAAACGAAAGGAGCAAUUGUUCAAGGUGGAUAUGGCCAUACCAGUGUCUAUGAUGAAUUGACAAAAUCUAUUUAUGUCCAUGGUGGAUACAAAGCAUUGCCAGGCAAUAAAUAUGGAUUGGUGGAUGAUCUUUACAGAUAUGAGGUUAACAGUCGGACAUGGACCAUUUUGAAAGAGAGUGGCUUUGCAAGAUACCUUCAUUCAGCUGUCCUAAUCAAUGGAGCUAUGCUCAUUUUUGGUGGAAACACUCAUAAUGAUACUUCCUUGAGCAAUGGUGCAAAGUGUUUUUCUGCUGACUUUCUCGCAUAUGAUAUAGCUUGUGAUGAAUGGAAGAUUUUACCAAAACCUAAUCUGCAUCGAGAUGUCAACAGAUUUGGUCACACUGCUGUUGUCAGUAAUGGGUCCAUGUAUAUAUUUGGGGGUUUUUCAAGUGUUCUAUUGAAUGACAUUCUUGUGUACAAGCCUCCUAAUUGUGAAGCAUUCAGAGAUGAAGAGUUGUGCAAAAAUGCCCGUCCAGGAAUAAGGUGUCUGUGGAACAGGAAACAUUGUGAAUCUUGGGAAUCUGGACAUGCUAAUAAUAUCCUUAGAGCAAAAUGCCCUAAGAAAACAGCUGCUGCAGACGACAGAUGUUACCGGUACGCGGAUUGCGCCAGCUGCACCGCCAACACCAACGGCUGCCAGUGGUGCGACGACAAGAAGUGCAUUUCAGCAAACAGCAACUGCAGCAUGUCGGUUAAAAACUACACGAAAUGUCACGUGAGGAAUGAGCAGAUCUGCAAUAAACUGACGAGCUGCAAGAGCUGCUCCCUGCACCUGAACUGCCAGUGGGACCAGAGGCAGCAGGAGUGCCAGGCACUACCUGCUCACCUGUGUGGAGAAAGAUGGAAUCACAUUGGAGAUGCCUGCCUCCACAUAAAUUCCAGUCGGGAAAGCUACGACAAUGCCAAACUCUAUUGCUACAAUUUGAGUGGAAAUCUUGCAUCACUAACAACCUCAAAAGAAGUGGAAUUUGUUCUGGAUGAAAUACAGAAGUAUACACUUCAGAAAAUUUCACCCUGGGUGGGUUUGCGCAAGAUCAACAUCUCCUACUGGGGCUGGGAUGACAUGUCCCCUUUCACAAACACCACCCUGCAGUGGCUGCCUGGAGAGCCCAACGACUCUGGCUUCUGUGCCUACCUGGAGAGAGCAGAGGUGGCAGGGCUGAAGGCAAAUCCCUGCACUGCCAUGGCUGAUGGCCUCGUGUGUGAAAAACCUGUUGUCAGUCCCAACCAGAAUGCCAGGCCCUGCAAAAAGCCCUGCUCCCUGAGGACAACCUGUUCCAACUGCACGAGCAAUGGCAUGGAAUGCAUGUGGUGCAGCAGCACCAAACGCUGCGUGGACUCCAAUGCCUACAUCAUCUCCUUCCCGUAUGGACAGUGUCUGGAGUGGCAAACUGCCACCUGCUCCCCUCAAAACUGCUCUGGGCUGAGGACCUGUGGACAGUGUUUGGAACAGCCAGGGUGUGGAUGGUGCAACGACCCCAGUAACACGGGCAAAGGACAGUGCUUGGAAGGCUCCUCAAGAGGCCCAAUGAAACCUGUCAGUGUCCACUCCAGUGAAAUGGUGCUUGAUGCUACUCUUUGUCCAAAAGAAAAAAACUAUGAGUGGUCUUUUAUCCAGUGUCCAGCUUGCCAGUGUAAUGGCCACAGCACCUGCAUCAACAGCAAUGUCUGUGAUCAGUGUAAAAACUUAACAACAGGAAAACAGUGUGAGACCUGCAUGCCAGGAUAUUAUGGGGAUCCCACAAAUGGAGGACAGUGUACAGCUUGCACAUGCAGUGGACAUGCGAAUAUCUGUCACAUGCAAACAGGAAAAUGCUUCUGCACAACGAAGGGAAUCAAAGGAGACCAGUGUCAACUCUGUGACUCUGAAAAUAGGUAUCUUGGAAAUCCACUUAGGGGAACAUGCUACUACAGCCUUUUGAUCGAUUAUCAGUUUACCUUCAGCUUAUUACAAGAGGAUGAUCGUCAUCACACUGCCAUAAACUUUAUAGCAAAUCCAGAGCAGUCAAAUAAAAAUUUGGAUAUAUCAAUUAAUGCAUCAAACAACUUUAACCUCAAUAUUACGUGGUCUAUUGGUUCUACAGCUGGAACAAUAUCUGGAGAAGAAAUUCCUGUUGUUUCCAAGGUUAAUAUAAAGGAAUACAGAGACAGCUUUUCCUGUGAAAAAUUUAACUUUCGAAGCAACCCAAACAUCACUUUCUAUGUCUAUGUCAGCAAUUUCUCCUGGCCAAUCAAAAUACAGAUUGCCUUCUCACAGCACAAUACUAUCAUGGAUCUGGUGCAGUUCUUUGUCACCUUCUUCAGUUGUUUCUUAUCCUUACUGCUGGUAGCUGCUGUCGUUUGGAAAAUCAAACAAACCUGUUGGGCUUCUCGACGGAGAGAGCAACUUAUGCGGGAGCGACAGCAGAUGGCCAGCCGCCCCUUUGCUUCUGUCGAUGUAGCACUGGAAGUAGGAGCUGAGCAAACAGACUUUCUACGAGGGCCAUUAGAGGGUGCUCCUAAGCCGAUUGCCAUCGAGCCGUGCUCAGGGAACAGAGCCGCCGUGCUGACCGUGUUCUUGUGUCUGCCCAGGGGAGCCUCAGGAGUUCCACCACCUGGGCAGUCAGGUCUUGCAAUUGCAAGUGCUCUGAUAGACAUUUCACAACAGAAGCCUGCAGACUGUAAAGAUAAGAGUUCAGGAGUCAGAAAUCGAAAACAUCACCUUUCAACACGUCAAGGAACUUGUGUCUGAGAGUCAAAAACUACAAUUGUAUAUUCUGUAAUGUUUUCUUUUUAAAUGGCUUCCAUUGAAAGCUAUCCUACAGCCUCAGUUUUUAUGGAGGCAAGUCUAUGAAUGAACACAUGAGGUACUGUGCUCUGUUUUAGUCACACAGCCUGCUUAUCCCCCAAAGCAGAACUAACUUGUGGUAGGUAUGAGUAUGCUUGAUGAGCUUUAAUAAAAAGAGUGGAUCCUGGUAUCAACAAAAUACAAAAUCAAAUACCGAGUAUUCUUAAUCCUGAACAUAUCAGAGGAGGGAAAAAUCCUUGGACAGAAUAGGAAAAGCUUUACUUUUUUUUUGUAAUGUAGAAGCAAAUUGUAUAAUUGAAAAACUGAGCAAAUUCCAAGAAACUAAAGAAAAUUUUGUAUAGCUUAAUGUAACAAUGGGAAUUGUACAGUUCUUUCCUUGUAAUUGGCAUUAAAUUUUCUUUCCAGCAAGCAGGAGCUAAAGAGAAUCAUUAGAAUUUAGGUGUUUUUUAUCAUUGCCCAGAACAGGUAGGCAUCUUUUGAAUUUAAGCAGAGUUGUAUCCCAAGAACACCACAUGUAAUAUUUGAAAGAUAAUUCUAUUAAAUACUAUGACUUGAGCAUUUUUCUUUACAUUAAAAAAAAACCUUGUAAACAUAAUUUGGACUGCAGAACAGUGAUGAGUGGGCUUUCUUUUCUGUACCUCAGACUUUGUCCUGAAUUAGAGAUAUUUUACACAGGGUCUUCCAUGCCAGCUAAAUGAUCAGCAAAAUUAAUUGAGCAUGGAAAAGCUGCUUUACAAUAUUUUUUCCCAAGAAAGUCCCCAAGACUGCAAAUCUAAGGAGAGUUGAACAUGCUGUUAUUCAACCUGCUCCUGUUUCAAUAUUGAAAUUUGCUAGUAUCUAUAUAUUGUCCUGACCUGUAAGCAGAAGGCAUUCAUCCCAGUUGGCACUUUGGCUCUUGUUUUUAUAAUAAAGUAUGGAUAUAUUUUUUUUUCCUCACAAUGGCAGAAUUUCAUCUCUUUGUCACUUUAGCACCUGUUAAGGAAUUACCCUAAAUAAAUAAAUAAAUGUUUAAAAAUCCAACCUGCUUCCAGCAUUAGUUGUCAAAUCCCACAGCCAGUAUGGAACCUCACACAAUCAGUACUCAACAACAAAAAGCAGAUGCAAGAAUUUCCUUUGUGCAGGACUUUAGUUUUCUGGGAGCUCAGUAACCACAACAGAUAACCUGGCAACCACCUUCAAUGGCCCUUGGUCUUUUUAUUUACUCAAAAUUCAUGAACACAGAAAAGAGUAAGAGAACGCUGAGGGGCAGGUAGCAGAUGUGUCAUAUUCUCAUUGAUGCAUUACACACUGACAGAGUGUAACAUGAAACCAGUAGUUUUGUACAAGCUUGUUAAAAGUAUAGUUUCUCAACUCCAAAUUUGCCACCAUCCUAGUACAGGAGAGUGAUACAGAGGUAUAAAUGUCUCAUGUAAUGAUAGACUUUUGGUAAAUAUGAAAGAUAUAAAAAGAUAAUUGAUGUUUUACUACUAUAUCUGUAUUUUUUAUGUUCUUUUUAUUUCAGAAAGAUGAUGACAUUUUACUGUUUAUAGUUGACUACAUAGUUACUUGCAUGCCAUGGUGGUGCAGUAGCAGUAAUAAAGCCCUGUUGUGAGUUGUGUUUAUUUCCUAAAGCCAUUCAUUCAUUCAUAGAAAUACUCAGCUUAAUUUGGAUGAGGACUAAAUGUAAAAGUAAUUAUUAGAAAGGAACAAUUGUACAGUAUGUAGUUAUAUCUUGUACAGGAGUAUUAGGUUGCAUCUAACCAUGACUGCUGUAUUGUUUUGAUAAAUUAUGCACUUAUGAAUUAUGGUAUAAUAAUUUCUUAUACUGGCAUGAUUGUUUCAGUAUUUUCAUAUCUUAAAAUAAGAUUAUUAUCUUAAAAUAAU